AUUUUGAUUUCGUUAAGUUUAGUGAAAUUUGUAGUGUGUAAAAUUGUUAAUUGUAAGAGUAGAGAAAUUGUGUUAAUUUAUGUUUAAUCACACGUCAAUAGUUCCUGAUGGUGGGCAGCACGGGAACGGUGCUGGAGUUUGCAGAAAACGAAUCAAGUAAUUGAAGCAUUUUACAUGCGACGAAGGACUUUCUCCCACACAAUAAAUGCAAUCGGCUGCCGAAGUGGAUGGUGCUUCAGAUGUGAAGAAAGGUACACACAGGAAUCCAAAUGCCAAUGGGAAAACUCCGUCGUGGUGACCAGACAAGAGAUUGUUCUUUGAAAUUUCCCUUGGAUAUUCUAUGGCUCCCUAAAUCUGCUAUCAUGAAGCCUGUCGGGCCAGAUAUUUCAUAUUCCGAGUAUAUUCUCGUGGUUGGAAUUUCCAGACCAAAAUUGGCGGCUCUCUUUCUCUCUGUCAUGAUUAUUUCGCUUUUUUUCACCUUCCACGUCUUAUAUGAUCGCGCUGUAUUCAGUAUGCAGGUAACACCAACAACGGAUGGCGGAUAUUCAAUGGGAAAUCGCCGCAAUGUUUUCGACGAUGCUGGUAUUGUCAUCAAUCAUCCCAUUGUUGUGCCGAAUCGUGUUCACUUCCCCAAAACGGGUCGUCGCCUUCCCCAGGCGCUGAUAAUUGGGGUGAGGAAGUGCGGCACUCGAGCCUUGCUAGAGAUGCUGUAUCUGCAUCCGCGCGUCCAGAAGGCCGCCGGUGAGGUGCACUUCUUUGAUCGGGACGAGAACUAUCUGAAAGGCCUCGAGUGGUAUCGGAAGAAGAUGCCGCACUCCUUUCGCGGGCAGAUCACCAUUGAGAAGAGUCCAAGUUAUUUUGUCACACCUGAAGUACCUGAACGUGUUAGAGCGAUGAAUGCUAGUGUUAAACUAUUAUUAAUUGUUAGAGAGCCAGUCACAAGAGCAAUAUCGGACUACACCCAGCUGAGAAGUCACUCAGCCACGGCAACACUCCCCCAGCAGAGCACCACGAGUGGCGGUGUUGCUCCAUCGACACAGGUGUCUCGAAAUUUCGAGGAACUGGCUCUCUAUCCCAACGGAUCCGUCAAUGAGUCCUAUCGUCCGUUGGUCAUAUCAAUGUACCACUUGCACUUGCAUCGAUGGCUCGAGGUAUUUCCGCGUGAACAGAUGCUGAUAGUGAAUGGUGAUCAGUUGAUUGACGAUCCACUGUCGCAGUUGACAAGAAUUGAGACCUUCUUGGGCAUUCAGCACAGGAUAAAGAGUCAAAACUUCUACUUCAAUGCCACCAAAGGAUUCUUCUGCCUGCGAAAUGAGACGGGCGACAAGUGUUUGCGGGAGACAAAGGGGCGAAAGCAUCCCCACGUGGAUCCGGCCGUUAUCAGUAAAUUGCGUCGAUUCUUCGCUGAUCACAAUCAAAAGUUUUACGAGUUGAUCGGUGAGGACUUGGGGUGGCCUGAAGAGUGAGAAGCAUACUCAAAAAAUCAGUUUUCUUCCUUUAAUCAUGAUAGUAAUGCCAUACAUUUGUAUAUGGUUUCAGCCAUAUUUCAUUCUUUAUAACGUUAGAUGUGACAAAGAGAGUCGCAAGAAGGGCCAUGUGAAUCAUAUCUUUUGUUAUUUCACAUCAAAGUAAAGUCACAAUAAGAACAAAAAAUCGUAGUGAAAAUGAUAUCGUAGCGGAAAAUUGCGAUAAAGUUUAGAAGAAAAAAAAAGGUAAAAGAGAUAAGAAUAAUAUAUAUAUUUUUUGAAUAAUUUUUAAUCUAUCUCUACAAUUCAAUUCAUCAAUUGCUAAGAGAUUUAUCGAAUGCAAUCAAACAUUCCUCCUUGUAGUGUGAGAAUAAUAAGAUCCAUUUUGUUUAGUGAGAAGAACCAAAGUAAUUAGAGAAAAGAAAUAGAUGAAAAGGUGACACGUUGAUGAAAGUAAUUUCAGUGCUUCUAAUAGGAAUGUUUCAUAUGGCUCUCUCAAUCAAAUAAUAGCAAAGGCAAGAGAAUUGUAGUGAGGGGAAAAGGUAUUUUAUUAAUCCACCUUUGUUACACUGAAACGCACUAGAAGAAAUCCUUCCAAAAUAUUCUUUCCAUUCCACUAUCAUUAUAGAGUUGUGACAAGAUGAGUAAACCAUGCUAGGAUAUCAUGACAA